AUGUACUUCACGUACGUUGUCCGCCCCGGUGAGGCUCCGGAGAGCCGUGGUCCUCAGUUCGAGCCCGUAUGGGAGUUUCUCAUGAAUUACAACCUUCGUGCCGGGUUUUUGCUGCAGCUGUUCGCAUUCAUAGUAUUUGCCCUCGGAAUCUACAAUGGAGGCAAGGACCCUUUGGCUAUGUUAACCUUCUUCCGGGCCCUUCCGGAGAACUUCGGCGUGACCCCCUUCAGCCUCACGCUUCUUUGCCACGGCGGUUUCAUUGUUGGAACUCUGCUUAUCAUGUCGUUUAUCCAGAUGAGCGAAGAUGAUUCCUCCAUCAAGCAGUGCAGGGGUUACCGUGCCGGCACAAAGUUUAUGUUGCAGGCCACCUCUUUCGGCGCUGUGUCCUGGUGCCUGAGCAUGAUCACCUUCCUUGGCGCCACAUACCAUUUCGGAGCUCAGUGGAUGGAAGAGCAAAUCGGUGAUGGUUCCAACUGGCUGAUAUUCUUCACGUCUCGUCUCUGUGACGCUUUCGCCUUGCUCCUGUACGCCGGCGGCUGCUUCUUCUUGGAGACCUACCACUCCGAGGGUACCAACGAGAGCUGGGGUUGGAUGUGCGGUUCCGCUUUCUUAAUGGCCGGUAUAUGCGAGGUUCUCGCCCUUAACUUCAUCAACACCGCCAUGUUCGCCAUCGUCGAGCGCUUGUACACUGUUUCGCUGGGUUUGGCACUGGGCCUCAGCGCAUUCUGGGCAUUCAUGUUCGAGCCGGUGUGCCACCGUUACGACGUAAAGCUGACGCAGAGUGCUUUGCGUAAUGAGUACUACAAGUCGCGCAAUGCUAUGGCCUUCUAUGGUCCUGCCGUGGUGGACGAGAACGGAGAGGUAGAUAUUGCGGCCGCCACCGAGCAGGUGCAACACUCUCUUUCUAACCAAAUGAUGGUGCAGUGA